AUGUCGGGACUCGAGAAAGCACUCUUCAACUUGAAGUUCACCGCGAAACAAAUCAACCGACAAGCCAACAAAGCUGGACAAGCAGAAAAGUCAGAGAAAGAUAAACUCAAGAAGGCAAUCCAACAAGGCCACCCCGAUAUCGCGAAGAUUAAUGCCGAAAAUGCUAUUCGCAAACAAAACGAGAAACUAAAUUUACUGAAAUUAGCCAGUAAAAUCGAUGCUGUGGCUAGUAGAGUCCAGACGGCGGUCACCAUGAGACAAGUUACGGGCAGUAUGACGAAUGUAGUAAGAGGAAUGGAUCAAGCCAUGAAAGCUAUGGACUUGGAGAAGAUCUCAGCAGUAAUGGACCGAUUCGAAACACAAUUUGAAGAUCUAGAUGUGGCAACCGGAUACUACGAGAGCGCCACUGCAUCCGCAACGGCAGUCGCAACUCCUCAGGAAGACGUAGAUAGGUUGAUGAACCAAGUUGCGGAUGAGGCGGGAAUAGAGUUGAAGCAGGAGAUGAAGAGUCCGGAAGAGGCGACUCCCGUUAAAUCGAAUCCAACAGAAGUAGAGGAGGAUGGGUUGGGCGAGAGAUUGAGGGCUUUGAGAUCAUAG